GUUCUAGUACCUCCACCACUACAAGCCGCUCGACCACCACGAGCGCCACUGGAAGCACCACCUCGAGCACGACGACUACCAGCAGUACUUUGCCCUCGUGGUGCCGGCGAUUCUGGGCGAGUGCCCCCUCGGUGCAGAACUGCGACAACACAUCAUCCGAGGACUGGUGCCUCGAGCGGAACCGGACGUGGCAUCAAGGCUCGUGCCCUGGAGUCGUGGAGGGAAGCCUGCUUUGUCCGGCUCAAAACACUACGGUGCUGGAGGACUCGGAACCUUCAUGCACCAGCUGCGCCACCGUGUACUUGGCAGAUUCCGGGGACUCUGGCUACAUCCUUUCUGGGGAGCUGCGGUGGGGUCCGAACGCCAGUUGUGAGGUCGAGGAGAUUGUGAUCGACGGGUACCAGGUUUGGCUUUUGAAUGAGUGCGGUGAUCAGCUCGAAUUGCUGGGCAGUGUCGACAAGAAGCCGGACUGGCAGCCGGAAAUGCUGACCUGCUGUGACGCAUCCUGGUAUGCCCUCUACUUAGGCCUCACGGACGUUUCUCCAGAGGCGGCUGCCUUCGCAAUUGUACCUUAUCGCGGCGCUCAGACGUUUGGAGCUUCCGUAUUGCCCAUACUCCACCGCACGCCGAUUCCCACCACCACAGUGACGACAAGCCGCAGCACUUCGACCACAAGGAUCACCUCGACGUUUACGGAUUU